AUGCCAGAAUCAAUGCAUUCAAUCCGUCGUGUGGAUUCAGUAAUUGUCGCUGAAGAACACAAUAAGCACAUCAUUCAAGCUCCAACCUUUACUUGGCCAGUCAUUAGGCAUUAUUUUGCUACCAGAAUUAGUAGUCUUUGGGUCGGAAAAGAAGAACUUUCUCAACAUUCCUGGAAUGAAAUCCUUAAUCCGUUCCAGCCAUUGGUUCAUGUUAACCUUCAUCAAUGGAAUUUUUUCUUCAUUGGUUUCUUAGCUUGGACUUGGGAUGCUUUUGAUUUCUUUACUACUUCCUUGAAUGUUUCCAAUAUUGCUAGAGAGUUUGAUGUUACGGUCACAGAAGUGUCUUGGGGUAUGACUAUUGUGUUAAUGUUAAGAACUGUCGGUGCUCUUAUUUUUGGUGCUAUGGGUGAUUUGAAGGGUAGAAAAUGGCCUUAUAUGAUCAACUUGCUGCUUUUGGUUGUUAUUCAAUGUGGUACUGGGUUCGUUCAAACUUUCCAACAGUUUCUCGUAACAAGAGCUCUUUUUGGUAUUGCUAUGGGUGGUCUUUAUGGGAUUUCUUGUGCGGAAGCACUUUCAGAUGCUCCCGUUGCUGCAAGAGGUGUCCUUUCGGGGUUGUUUCAAGAAGGUUACGCUAUGGGAUUCUUAUUAGCUAUCGUGUUCCAACGUGCGAUUACUGAUACUACUCCCCAUGGUUGGAGAUCGUUGUUUUGGUUUAGUGCCGGUCCCCCAGUUGUUUUGAUCAUUUGGAGAUUUUUCACUCCAGAAACGGAUACUUUUCAACACAUUGCUGCAAAAAGAGCUGUUGAUGAUCAAAAACAAUCUAGGUUUGCUAAUUUCAAAUUUGACGCUAAGAACGCUAUAAAGGACUAUUGGUUGAUUAUCAUUUAUUUAGUUUUCAUGAUGAGUGGAUUCAACUUUUCUUCCCAUGGAUCUCAAGAUUUAUACGCUACUUUAUUAGAACAACAAUAUUUCUUUGGUGCCGAUAAAAGAACAGUUGUAUUAGUAUGUGCCAAAUUAGGUGCCUUAACGGGGGGGAUUAUUAUUGGCCAUGCUUCUACUAUUAUUGGUAGAAGAACUGCAAUCCUUUUUGCAAACCUCUGGUGUUUAUCAUUCAUCUAUCUCUGGGCAUAUAAGCCACUGUGGAUCACUGCAUUCAUGUUGCAAUUUGGUGUUCAAGGUGCUUGGGCUGUUGUUCCUAUUCAUCUUUCUGAAUUGUCUCCACCACAAUUUAGAGCCUUCGUUAUGGGUGUAUCUUAUCAAUUAGGUAAUUUGGUUUCGUCUGCUUCUGCAACUAUCGAAUCUACUCUUAGUGAAAAAUUCCUUCUUCCAGAUGGCUCACAUGAUUAUUCUAAAUCCAUGUCUAUCUUUGUUGCUGUUCUAGUUGCUUAUUUGUUUUUUGUUGUUUUAUUAGGGCCAGAGAAUAGAAAUGCUGACUUGGGUAUUGAAAGAGAAGAAUUUUUUGCUGUGUUUGAUGAUAAAGAUGAACUGACGAAGGGUUCUUUUGAUCACGUUGAAGACGAAGACAAACAAAAGUCCGCUAGUGAAAAGGUUUAG